AUGUAAUUUAAUAAAUCAUAAAGUGCAGCAUAAUUUCGUUUAUAACUAGCAACAACUACAAGUAGAUCUAAUUUUAAUACAAAAAUACUUAGUCCGAGUCCUAGUCCUAAAUCUCCUCAGACUUUCAGAGCGAAAUAAACUAUAGAACUUAUACAAAGUAUAUUUUAGUCAAAUUUUAGUAUAAAACAAUUUCCCAUAAAGAGAGUUGUUUUUUGAGAUUUAGAGACUCUGGAAUGAAAACAAGAUUCCUGAAAUUCAUUAGAAGUAUUACUACUUUAUUCUGACUUCAAAUCUUGCAUGUCAGGAAUAUCUGAUGAAAUAAGAAAUUGAAAGUUAUAAACUACAUGGAAGCAUUAUUAAGACUUUGCAUCAAUUAACUAUCAGUAGAGAAAUUUGUUUAAGUGAAGCAUUGGCAAUCUAACAAAGUGAGAAUAUCAUAGAAUUUGUAUGCCUAAUUUCAAAUUACAUCUAUGAUCUUAGAAAAAUUACUUUGAAUCUUGUUGAAUACUAAAGAAAAUGGGUGAAUAAAUUGUAUAUUCAAUAUGCCUACAAUUACCAAUGGAUUUAUCAAGGGGAGAAUUACAUUUUGAAAAUCAAGAAAGAUCAUAAGUUUCUGUUUUAGAAGAAUCCAGUCCUAAUGAAAUUCUUUCAUAUAAGUGAAACCGCUGAUGAUAUUUUUUAUAUGGAAAUUAUUAAUCAAGCCUAUCAAAGAGAUUUAGAAUAUUUUGAUUAUCUAACUAAACAUAAGCUUGAUCAAAAAUACUUAAAAAAAAUCAAAGAACUCUAGACUUAUAUAGCAGUGUCAUUUACAUCCAAACAGUCGGAAUUUAAGAGCAGAACCCAACUAAAAACAAAAACUAAUUUCUUUCGAACAAAGGAUAUGUAAAGUGGUUAAGUUACAUCCAGAAAGGGAAGUAUAAAUAAAUUGUAGAUCGAAUUGCCGCCCCUUCCUGAGUACAGAAGUCAAGAGAUCUAUAGCUCAGAUGAUAUUUCAUUUGUUAUUAAGGAAUGGCCAAUCAAGGAUAUUCCUUAGAUUUUAAGUUUUUGGCUUUCCUCUAAUUGCGAAGAUUUUCACAAGAGUUUCUUACAGCCUUCAACUUAUAUAUAAGAAACCUUGAGUUAUGGAUUGGAGGCGAUAAUGUUGUAAAUAUCCGAUCUAGGAAUAAUAUUGGCCAGCGUAGAAUAGGAUUGCAAUAUUAGAAAAUGGGUGAUUCAUUUGAUUGUGUGCAAGGAGUAGAUAUUUGAUAAAAUUAUACAACAUUUUAUUAGAAUGUUGAUAAACCAUGGAGACUCUUUUGAGCAAUUAGGUAUAAAUUUCACUUUAUUGGAAUGUUUUGAGUAGAAUCUUAAAAUUCUAAAUUUUUAUUUUUCUAAGAUAAUAACCAUUGAAAAUCUGAAGGUUAAUUAUACUUAAUAUGUGCUAGAUAUUAAAAGGACUGAAUAAGAAUAGGAAAGUAUGUCAAUCAUUUACGAUCCUAUUUGUUUUAUUUAUGCAAGAACGUUAUCUAGAAUAAAAAAAUUAAAAUUAAAUAGUGAUGAAGAAUUAAUGGAGUGUCAAUUUUGUGCUAAUUUAGGUAAGUCUAACUUGAUUGUGUUUGAGGAGAAGACCUAGGAAAUUGCAAAAUACUUAGUGGUAAAUAAUAAUACUAUCAAUUUAGAAAUAGAAAAUUUAUGGAUCUCAGUUUCAACAUCUGUAGAAUGUGAAAGAUGUUUAGAAAGUUUGUCCAAGAUUUAAAUCUCCAGUGCAAGGUCCUGUUUAUUUACAGUAUUUCCAUAUGAACUUGCAAUUUCUAGUAUUUUCAUCGGAAAUUCAAAAAUAAACUUUUUAACCUUAUAUACGUUUUCCAUAAGUAUAGUUUACUUCUUAAUAAGAGAUCAAAAGAUGGUUUAGAAGAAGCAUCAUUGUGGCAAUUGUCAAGUAAUGAUUAAAAUAGUCUACGAAGACUGUAUUUAAUAUCGACUACAGAUCCCUUUAUUAAAAUGUAUUAAAUGAAUUCUGAAAAUUAGAUAUAUUUUUGAAUUAAAAAAUGAUGAGAUUACUUAGGAUAUACAAACUUUAGUGAAUGAGAUUUUUGAGAAAUACGAUAGAAAGGGUUUAUCAUAAUACAAUUUAUGGCUUCCUUUUUUCAGUUGUGUUGGCAAUAGAUAAAACUUAACAAAUUGCAAAUUGCAAUCUUAUUUUACAAGCGAAACAUUCUUAGAAAUCAAUUUUCCUAGAAUUGGAAUGAACAGUAUUAACUAUAGUUUUGAAGGAGAGAAGCUAAUCAAUUUUCCAUUUCUAAUAGGAAUUGUUCAAUCGGAUUUGGAUUACAUUAAUAAACCAAUCUUUUCAAUGUUAGUACAGCAAGAAGACAUAAUCAAAAAAUGUUAGCCAACUUAGGCAGCUAAGAAAGUGGAAGAGGAUUUUGAAGUGUUAGUGAUGCAGAUUAACCCUAAGGAUAUUGAAUUGAGAGUCAAAGAAAUAGUUAGAUUUUCUUGCUAAUUGACACAUGAUUCCUUUGAGAAUGAUUCACAAAGACUGAUUGAUAUUAUGUAUUAUUAGCAAGAGUCAUGUGUAUUAUAGUUUUUGGUAGAUAACUUGGUUCAAGGAUAUUGUAUCCUAUAUGUAGAUAAAAAUAAGAUAAAUGAAAGACUUUGGAUCAUUGAAAUGAUUUCAUGCAAAUCUGAGUGUUUCUUUGAUGCCUUUUUAACUCAAAUAGUCGAUUUGGUUUUUGGACAUGACAAAUCUGCUUCUGAAAUCUUAAUAGCAUAGGUUAGAUAUAGAUAUAUAACUAUAAUAGAACCAUUAUCCAUAGAAUAAUGGACAGAGCAUGGCUAAUAAGUACAUUUCAGAGGCGAUAAAGAAGGUUGGAUUCAAGUGGAGGAUAAUUGAGAAUGAUUACAAGACUUAAUUGAGAAGGACAAUCUUUACAAUGAAACGAUCUAAUUCUUAGUAUACUAUUAUUUAAAUCAAACCAUUAGUUAACCUAGAGUAGAACACAAUAUUUCUAUUAAAUUUAAUUCAUAUUACUCACUCUAAUAAUCUGAAGCAAGGAAUGAAGAAACCAAUACUUUAAGUUAUCUGAAGACUAAAACUAUAUUCUAGUUUGCUGAAGAUUGUUUUCAUUACAAUUUGCAUAAACCAUAUGAACGAAAUCAAUUCAUUAUUGAUAAGAUAAAGAAUAGCCUAGCUUAAUUACCAAUGACAAAAUUUACUGAAUUUAAAAAUGAAAAAGAAGUACUCAAAUAUUUAGAUAAUUUAACAUCUCAUCCCUCUAUUGAUCCAAAACAUACUUAAGUGAUGACCCAAUAUACAAAUCUCCAGCUGAAAUGGUUGAGAUCAAGGGAGAUCAUAUUAGAGGGAUCGAAAUACAUAGAAGUCCCCAACGAAUAGAAUUUUAUCUAUGUUUCAACAUUCCCCCAAAUUAAUUGUAAGAUCUAUUAUGUAAAAUUAUUCAAUCCAGGAUUCUAUUUUUUUGGAAUGGAAGUAGCUCACAAUCAAAUUGAAUCCAUCCGAGAUGAUUAUGUCAGAUUCACUGACGUAAUUUAUUAAGUAAUGUAUAUCCUGUUCAAUUAGGAAUUCCAUAAUAAAUAGCCGUAAACCUCAUGUGAUCUCUUUAUACCUUAAUUCUAGACAUGUAUGACUAUAAGCUAACCCCUUCCGAAUUGGUCUUUUAUUAAUUUUUCAUUGGCAUACAAUCAUACGAUACUUUAAAACAUCAUAAAAGACUUAGGGAAUAGAACAAUAAGAAUUAACAUGCCUUUUUUGGCAGGAAUAAUUUAAGAGGAUUUAGGGUUAAGAUACGAAAAACCAGUGGUGGCUUUUGUUGCAUCGGAUUAUAUUGAUUGA